GGCAGGUGAGAGCUGACAGGUAGCUGUGUCUGAUUGGACAGACUGUAGCACGUGGACUGGAGCAGCACACAUUACUGCACACAUGGCUAGCAGAGGCAGUGUGAAACCCUUCGUGAACUUCAAUGCCAAGCAGGAUGCUGACCUCUUACGCAAAGCCAUGAAAGGGAUCGGCACAGAUGAAGAUGCCAUCCUCAUGCUCCUAACUGCCCGCAGCAAAGAGCAAAGACAAGAGAUCAAAGCAGCCUACAAGAAAGCUCAUGGCAAGGACCUGGUGAAGGAUUUAAAGUCAGAGCUGGGAGGGAAAUUAGAAGAUCUGAUUGUGGCUUUGAUGUCUCCUCCUCGUGUGUAUGAUGCAGAUCAACUUCACAAGGCCAUCAAGGGCGCAGGCACCAAUGAUAAAGUUCUGAUUGAAAUUCUGGCCUCCAGGACAUCUGAGCAGCUAAAGGAGAUCGUCAAGGCAUACAAGAAAGAGCAUGGCAAGCUGGAGAAGGACAUCAUGGGAGACACUAAUGGACAUUACCAGAGGAUGCUGAUUAUCCUUCUACAGGGAGAAAGGGAGGAGGGAGUGGAUGAAAGCAGAGUGGAGAAAGAUGCUAAGGAGUUGUUUGCUGCGGGAGAGGGGAAGUUCGGCACAGACGAAGACAAGUUCAUCAACAUCCUUGGUAACAGGAGCGCCGAGCACCUGUGUAAAGUAUUUGAAGCAUAUAAAAAGAUAGCUGGCUGUGACAUUGAAGAGAGCAUUCAGGGCGAGUGCACUGGCAACCUCGAGGAAGUGCUUUUAGCAGUAGUGAAAUGUGCUAAAAGCGUGCCGGGCUAUUUUGCUGAAAGCCUCCGGGAGUCUAUGAGGCGUGCUGGCACUGAUGAUGAGACGCUGAUCAGAAUCAUGGUAUCAAGGAGUGAGGAGGACAUGCUGGACAUCAGAGCAAAAUACAAGAAGAUGUAUGGAGAGUCACUGUACCGCACCAUACAGGAGGACACUGAGGGAGAUUAUGGAAAGGCCUUGCUGUACCUUUGUGGUGGAGAUGAUUAAGUGUUACUUUUAAUCACUCUCUUAUUGCUUUGCUUACAUCAGCUGAUGGUUCAUAUUUAUUCAAGCCUGGCCUAGCACUUAUUUUAUAUGUUUUAUACUAGUGAGUGUCACAUUCCAGUUUUUUUCCAUUCCAGUCAAAUUCAAAAAGCUUAGGCACGAGGGUCUACUUUUUAUUUGAUUCUUUCAUUGCUCUUAAUGUAUUUAAUAACUGUGUUAAUUGUGAAGCAUAAGCAGAAGUGUAGAGUAGCCUAAACCUAAAACGAUAAAAUAUUGUUACUGCAUUGGAAUAUUGACUUUAGGAAAAGUACCUUUCCAAAAACCAACCAAACCAUACCUACUAUAUUUAGUAGAUAUACCAAAGUAGCAGGUCACAGGCUACUUAGAAACAUGCAGUGGAACUUUUUGGAACAUCCAUCACUUAUCAGCAAAAGAACUGAAGAUGCUGCGCUUCUCUUUUGGGAUCCUUUCGGUCUCAAAUAUAAUCAUAAGCCUCUUUCAGAAGUUUGACUAAUCACAAAGCAGUACAGUUGCUGUCACCUGUGCAACUAUGUGUUAUGACUGAAAUGCAAUGGAGAAAAAAAGUUAGCAAUUACUCAGAAAUAUACUUAAGUAGAACUGAAAGUAUCAUAAUUUGAAACUACUCAGAAAAGUAAAAAUGCAUCCAACUGUUACAUGUAACUAAAUAAAUGUAACUAGUUGUUAUUGACCUCAGCCUGUGGCA